CGCAAGUCAUCCUGUUUCGGAAAAGUCGCUGUGUGGGCGGAAGCGCUUCGUGCUUGCAGAAUAUUCUCCACGUAUUUACAAGACAGGACUCCAGUGAAGCGACACAGUUCUUACAGUCUGUUCUUAGAGGAAGCUGUUGAGAACCCACGCAGACACAAGAGAAUGCAAACUCAAUCACAAGGGCCCUGGACAGAUGGUGGAUUCAAACCUAGGAUAUUCUUCCUGUGUGAUGAUGAACUGUUGUGGUCUGCUAACACUCCAGAAGGAACCAGUUCCUCUGAAGAGCAUUGAGGUGGAGCUGGAGGUGAGGGACCAUGUGGCUACAGUGGUCUCCACUCUGAACUACGAGAACAAGGAGGACAAACCAUUAGAGGCUGUUUUUGUCUUCCCUCUGCCUGGAGAUGCUGCUGUCUGUCAUUUCAGUGCUCAGAUUGGACAGACACAGAUUGUAGCUGAGGUGAAGGAGAAACAGAAGGCUCGUGAGGAGUAUGAUGAUGCUCUGAGCUCCGGUCAGCAGGCCUUCCUAUUGGAGGAGAGUGAUGAGAGUCCAGAUAUAUUCUCUCUGAGUGUGGGCAGUCUGCCUCCAGGAGAGAGCGCCUCCAUCAGGUUGGAGUACGUCACUGAGCUGGCUGUGCAGGCUGAUGAUGGUCUGAGGUUCUGUCUGCCUGCUGUGCUCAACCCUCGAUACCAACCUCAGGGUAGUGAAGGUGCAGGUGUCCAGGUGACUUCUGCUCCAGCCUCUCUGGUGCCCUACAGUCUGUCUUUUUCUGCCCAAGUCUCCUCUCCUCGUCCAAUCUCUAAAGUAGAGUCCAACUGUUCCCUGGACCCUCUGCAGUACCUCAACACUGAUCAAACCCAGGCCACGGUCAAGCUGGCUGCAGGACACAAGUUUGACAGAGAUGUUGAACUGCUGAUUUAUUACAAAGACGCCCACCAGCCCACUGCUGUGGUGGAGGCAGGACAGGCCUCUGCUGAGCUGGGCUCUCUGAUGGGUGAUCCAGUGGUGAUGGUGAGUCUGUACCCCGAGUUCCCCCAGUCUGUGAUGUCUUCAACGGCUUCAUGUGGAGAGUUUGUGUUCUUAGUGGAUCGAUCUGGAAGUAUGGACUGUGCUACCAAUAACAGUGAGCAGGGGGAAUCUCGGAUCAGCAGUGCCAGGGAUACUCUGCUGCUCCUGUUGAAGAGCUUACCAAUGGGCUGCUAUUUCAACAUUUACAGUUUUGGGUCUAGUUAUGAACACAUCUUCUCUAAGAGUGUGGAGUACAGCCAGAAGACCAUGGAGGAGGCUCUGAAGAAAGUUGAGGAGAUGAAGGCUGAUCUUGGAGGAACAGAGAUCCUGGAGCCCCUCAAACAUAUUUACAGCCAGCCCUGCAUUCAAAAUCAGCCUAGACAGCUCUUUGUCUUUACUGAUGGAGAGGUGGGGAACACCAAAGAAGUGAUCGAUCUGGUGAAGAAGAACUCAGGCUCCCACAGGUGUUUCUCUUUUGGGAUUGGGGAAGGGGCCAGCUCUGCUCUCAUCAAUGGGAUGGCCAAGGAAGGAGGAGGUCACGCUCAGUUCAUCACAGGGACUGACAGGAUGCAACCAAAAGUCAUGCAGUCGCUGCGAUUUGCUCUGCAGCCAGCUGUGGUCGACAUCUCAGUCACAUGGGAUUUACCAAAGGAAGUGUCUGUCACUGUCCUCUCUCCACCAAUCACAGCACUUUUCCAGGGUCAGAGGUCACUGAUUUAUGCCCAGCUCACUGGACAGAGCUCAGAGGCAGCAGAGGGCUGUGUGACGCUGAAGUACAGCCUGGCAGGUCAUCCCUCUGAGAACCAGCUGCACUUCAGUCUCAGACCUGCAGAGGACACUGGACUAACAGUCCACAGGUUGGGUGCUCGGACUCUGAUUCGUUCCCUGGAGAUGGAGGAGAGAGAAAACAGAGAAGAGCAACAUGGAGGAAUGAAGGAGAAGGUGGUGCAGCUCAGUGUCCAAUCAGGAGUGAGCAGUUCUUUCACUGCCUUCAUUGCUGUCAACAAAGACAACGGAGAGGCGAUCCAAGGACCUCUUGUCCAGAGAAAUAUUCCAACAGCCUUGGCAAUGGAUUGCUUUUUAUCAUCCGCAGCAUAUAGAACACUUUCAUUAGAUUCCUGUUCAGAAUCCUAUGUUACAUAUAAAGCAUGCAUAAAGAAGAAGAGUGCUCCAUUGCCCAUAAUUGGUACCUUGCAGAAGUUUAGUCGGUGGGUUGGUGAUCGUCUGCAUAAAAAACGUUUUUCAUCAGAAGCUUCACAAGAUUUUCCAGCUGCUGUGCCCGAACAGCCACCCAGAGACCCUUUGCUGCAGUUAGUCUCCCUGCAGGAGGCGUCUGGCUGCUGGCUGCUUGAUCCAGCUCUGGCUGCUGCACUGGGAAAGACCGACGAGGAGGUGGAAAAGUCAAAGCCUGAAAAGGCCAGCAGUGAAGUGUGGGCCACCAUCCUGGCUCUGAUCUGGCUUCAUGGCUUCAAGAUGGAUGCAAAGGACGAGUGGGAGCUUCUGGCUGUGAAGGCUGCCUCAUGGCUCCAAGCUCACAAAGCACCGUGUGUGUCAGAGUGUGUGGAUGCUGGAAAUGUCCUGCUGGGUUGCAGCGUGAAGAAAGAAGCUCUGGGACUCUGAGGGUUUUCUUAAAGUGACCUCACCUUCAGGACUGUUAAGCAGAAGGAUACUGACUUACACUAUACUGUGUUGCUUUCUUUAGUCUGACCCUUUAAUUGUUAUAAAAUCAUUAUUUUCCUUGAAUCCAAAUUGGUAUUUAACAUUGGAUUUAACACUGUAACACGUGUCUGCAGAAUUAUCUGAACACUCCAAAUAUACUUUCUGACAGCUACUGUAGAAGCUCAAUCAGAAGGUGUGUUCAUUCUUUCUCUUCCACUAGAUGUGAUUGACUUGUUUCAUUCUCACUAACAUAACCUCCUGUCAAAUGUUGCUGACUCAACACUAAUAAAACACAUGAUUUGGUAACACAGA